AUGGUACUGGAGAAGGACCUGUUCCGGUUCUACGAGCGGCUCAAGGAGUCGUGCGCGCGCAGCGUCGACCACACGCUGCACGUCUUCGUCGCCGGCAUCUACGUCGACUCCGCCGUCGCGCUCAAGAUCCUCACGGACUUGCUACGAGCUGACUCGCUACAGUACUCGGUGUUCCCCGUGUAUGGCUAUGAUGACAUCACCGCACAUGCCAACAAGGCUGCGGCUGGUAACCAGGCGUACACAGCAGUGUUCCUCAACUGCGGGGCCGCGGAGGACCUGUGUGGGCUGCUGGGAAACAGGGCUUCCGAGUCUAUUGAAUUAGAAUUCACCCUCAUUCCCGUGCCCCGUCCCUUAUUUCCCGCGUCCAACCUCCAGGCGUACACAGCAGUGUUUCUCAACUGCGGGGCGACGGAGGACCUGUGUGGGCUGCUGGGGGUGGGGCCGUCUGUGUCGCUCUUUGUGCUGGACUGCCAUCGCCCCGUGCAUCUCACCAACGCCGCUCUGCACAACACCAAGGUGCCAUGGGUGAUGCGGGUGGUGCUAGCCCAGUCGCCAGAGAGCAAGCCAGAGGACCCCUUCCUAUCCCCUCCUCCCCCACCCCCUCUCUUCCCCUUCCCACCCUCGAUUUUCCUACCCUCUCCCCAAACAUCCUGCCCAUUGCACUGCCACCUCCCUCCCCCACCUCCCUUUUUCUCCUCCCCUCCCUUUCUCUCCCCCCCCCUUCCCUUGCUCUCCCCCCCUCAUCCUCAGGUGGUACUAGCGCAGUCUCCAGAGAGCGAGCCAGAGGGCCCCUUCUUAUCCCCUUCUCUCCGUCCCCACCUUUCCCCUCCCCCUCCUUCAUCCCAGGUGGUGCUAGCGCAGUCUCCAGAGAGCGAGCCAGAGGACCCCUUCGUAUCCCCUUCUCUCCCCCACCACCUUUCCCCUUCCCCCCUUCAUCGCCAGGUGGUGCUAGCGCAGUCUCCAGAGAGCGAGCCAGAGGACCCCUUCUUAGCGCGGAUACUAGCGGACCAGGGCGCAACGGGCAGCGGCAGCGACGGGGACGACUCCCCUUGGGAAUCCGACUCUGAUUCCGCCUCUGAUUCUGACUCGGAUGGGCUCGCGUGUGUGUCCAUCACAGACCAGUUUGUGCAUUCUCGUCUUGCCCCCGAGCACUACACUGCUGGCUGCCUCGACCUGGAGGAGAAGGUGACGACAGCAGCGGCCAUGGAGGCGCCACGGGCAGCAGUGAUGGAGGAUGGCGUGUCGGUCAAGCUACCGGACAUGGGCCGCAUACAGUUCCAGCACGAGCUACGGCUCAUGUGUCUCCCCCGGUGGAACCUCUUUGACUCGCUGCUCUACUCCUCCUACCCCGCCACCAAGCUCAAGACCUGGACGGAGCCCGGGCUCCGGCGCCUGCGCCUGCUGCUGGGCCAGCUCGGCAUCCCCCACGCGCAGGCCAAGCAGCGCUACCCCUUCAUGCCCGCUGCCACGCGCAGUCGCCUAAAGGACGAUGUGCAGCGCUUUGGUCCGAGCCACGGGCUGUCGGACAUGUGCUACCGCGCGUUCCACCGAUACAAUGGAUACAAGUUCCACGUGUCGGCAUCAGACGUGGUGUAUGGUAUCACCGCGCUGCUGGAGAGCCACUCGCCUGCACCCACGGGGCUUGCAGGCGGGGACAAUGGCGCCGCACAUGCUCACACCAACGACUCCUUCUGGACUGCUCUCUCCGCGCUGCAUCUGCGCGGGUGGCAGCAGCUGGAAGAGGGCAUGGAUCUGGCCAUCCGCAUGCAGGCAGCGCUGGUCCGCCAGGGCAGCCUCGCCAUCGCCAAGAAGGGCGCCAUCCGCAGCACGUGUGGGAGGCACCGGUUCCGCUACAUGCUGCUGGACGACCACAGCGACGCACGCCUCAUUGCGCAUCCCCUGGCGCUCACGCGCCUGCUGCUCUUCCUCAUGGACGCACUCAAGGAGCAAGGCGAGCGGCCUCGCCCCAUGGUGGUGGCAGCAUCACUGCCAUCAUCGCCAUCAGCACUCAUCGUCGGAGUGUCACACAAACCGAGGCUUGGCCAACUCAUGGGAAA